GCCCCGGUGCGAGGACGGACUGAGGACACAGCCCUCGAGGCAAGGCAGACACUCUCAUCUCUGUUUCUCCUCUACCCACUCCUCCCCUGUCCAGGUGAAGUAGCCCUGAGCGGGGUCCGAGGACCCUGAAGCCUUGCGCCCCGCCCCCUGCCUGCCCAUCAUGCUGGGAGCUGCAGGCCGGGGAGGAGGAGGACACCGAGGCGUAGGAGAGGGGGAGUGACCCGCCCCCACGGGAGUCCAGAGCCCAGCUGGUCCCCCAGUCCGGGGCGGGGGCAGUUCUAGCGGGCUCCCUUCCCUGAGCUGCCGCGCACACCUGCUGCCAUGUGCCGCCGCUGGCUGCUGUUCCAUCGCUGCCCAACUUUACAAUCUGAAAGAACCUCCCUGGGCCAGGCUCAGCUUUGAAUCUCCUUCCGUGGUUUUCAGCGUAGUAUCCCGGCCCCAGCACCGCAGGUAGCCGGCAGAGGACUGCCCACGGUUCGAGGAGAUCACUGCUCCCGGAAUUGGAUCCACACUCCCAUCCCCGGAGCGGCGCCGGCUAGGAGCUGAAGCCCAGCCAGUGGCGCCGGAGCCGCUUCGUGGCAGCUUGUCUUGGGAGGGAUUUCAUAUAAGGGAAAAAGAAACCAACAGGUUGAAAGCCUGAAGAAGCCAGCCUUACUCGGGACUGAGAAAAAGUGUUCCCGUUUCUGCUGCCAAUCUUGGUCCCUAGGAGGGUCAAGGAGAAAGGGGACGGAGCUGGAGUGAUUCGGGAGCGGGGCAGAGAUGGCUCGCCCUGACCUGGACUCGCUGCCUGGGCUGCCGGGGCCGCCGCCACCGCCACUGCUGUCGCUGCUGCUGCUGCUCUUGGCGCAGCUGGCGGGGUGGGGAGAGGCCUCCUCCAAGGCCCUAGUGUGCCAGGAAAUCACGGUGCCCAUGUGUAGGGGCAUCGGCUACAACCUGACGCACAUGCCCAACCAGUUCAACCACGACACCCAGGACGAGGCUGGGCUGGAAGUGCACCAGUUCUGGCCGCUGGUGGAAAUCCACUGUUCGCCGGACCUGCGCUUCUUCCUGUGCUCCAUGUAUACGCCCAUCUGCCUGCCCGACUACCCCAAGCCCCUGCCUCCCUGCCGCUCGGUGUGCGAGCGAGCCAAGGCCGGCUGCUCCCCGCUCAUGCGCCAGUACGGCUUUGCCUGGCCGGAGCGCAUGAACUGCGACCGCCUCCCGGUGCUGGGGGACGCCGAGACCCUGUGCAUGGACUAUAACCGCAGCGAAGCCACUACGGCCCCCCCACGGCCCUUCCCGGCCAAACCCACUCAGCCCGCCCCGCGCAGCUCGGCGUCCUCUGGCGGGGAGUGCGGCGCCUGCAAGUGUCGGGAUCCUUUCGUGCCCAUCUUGAAAGAAACGCACCCGCUCUUCAACAAGGUGCGCACGGGCCGGGUGCUGAACUGCGCAGUGCCCUGCUACCAGCCCACCUUCAGCCCGGACGAGCGCACCUUCGCCACUUUCUGGAUCAGCUUGUGGUCUGUGCUCUGCUUCGUCUCCACCUCUACCACGGUGGCCACUUUCCUCAUUGACAUGGAGCGCUUUCGCUACCCCGAGCGCCCGAUCAUCUUCCUGUCGGCUUGCUACCUCUUCGUGUCGUUGGGCUUCCUCGUGCGCCUGGUCAUGGGCCACGCCAGCGUGGCCUGCAACCGUGAGCAUAGCCACAUCCACUACGAGACCACUGGGCCGGCGCUCUGCACUGUGGUCUUCCUGCUCGUCUACUUCUUCGGCAUGGCUAGCUCCAUCUGGUGGGUCAUUCUCUCCUUUACCUGGUUCCUGGCGGCCGGCAUGAAGUGGGGCAACGAGGCCAUCGCGGGCUACUCUCAGUACUUCCACCUGGCCGCCUGGCUCAUCCCCAGCGUCAAGUCCAUCGCAGUGCUGGCCCUGAGUGCUGUGGAUGGCGACCCCGUGGCCGGCAUCUGCUACGUGGGCAACCAGAACCUGGACUACCUGCGGGGCUUCGUGCUGGCCCCACUCGUGGUCUACUUGCUCACGGGCACGCUGUUCCUGCUGGCGGGUUUCGUGUCCCUCUUCCGCAUCCGCAGCGUCAUCAAGCAGGGUGGCACCAAGACGGACAAGCUGGAGAAGCUUAUGAUCCGCAUCGGCCUUUUCACUGUGCUUUACACCGUGCCGGCCAGCAUCGUGGUGGCCUGCUAUCUGUACGAGCAACAUUCCCGGGAAAGCUGGGAGCGGGCCAUCACCUGCCCCUGCCCCGCGGGGGAGCCCGGGCAGCCCCGGGCCAAGCCGGAGUACUGGGUGCUCAUGCUCAAGUACUUAAUGUGCCUGCUCGUGGGCAUCACCUCGGGCGUCUGGAUUUGGUCAGGGAAAACGGUGGAGUCCUGGAGGCGCUUCACCAGCCGCUGUUGCUGCCGCCCGCAGCGGGGCCACAAGUCGGGCGGGGCCACUGCCGCCCGGGACUACGCGGAGGCCAGCGCGGCCCUGACCGGCUGCAGGACUGGGGCCCCCUGCCCGGGUGCCCCCGCCUACCACAAGCAGGUGUCCCUGUCUCACGUGUAGCCCUGCCUCACGUGUGGCGGAGCCUGGCUGGCUGCGAACAGGCUGAAAGGCCGGGCGCUGGAGGCACGGGGUUGCGGGAGGUGGGGGGAGUUGUUCUGAACUGAUUUUGGUAGCUUUAUAACAGGUCAUUUGUUUUGACUUCAUGGUGCUGCUGCUGCUGCUUCACUUCGGAAUUUGGGAGGAGGGAGAAGAGACAAUUUUGAGGUGGAACACGAUAGUCCCGGGACUUCUGAAGGGACCUUGUUUUUAAAUAUAAUUUUUAAAAAAUUU